GCUUGGCGCAGCCAAGGCCCCGCGCGAGCAGCGGGAGGAGGAGCUGCGGCUGUGGCCACCGGGGUAGGUCCACGGCACCGCGGGAAGCUGCUAUCGGCCGGGGCUGUUGCUGGUCCCGCGUGGAAGAGGCACGGGCGACCCCAGAGUCAUGGAGCCUAGCGAUGCGCUGCGCCGCGGUCCGGGGAGAGCUGUUCGGGUGCUGUCGCCUAGGCUGCUGCUGCUGCCACUGUUGCCAGUGCUGCUGGGUCGGGGGCUGCGGGCUGGGGCCGCGGCCUCCUCUUCUGGGGCGGCGGCUGAGGACAGCAGCGCCAUGGAGGAGCUUGCCACCGAGAAGGAGGCAGAGGAGAGCCACCGACAGGACAGUGUGAGCCUGCUCACCUUCAUCCUGCUACUCACCCUCACUAUCCUCACCAUCUGGCUCUUCAAGCACCGCCGGGUGCGCUUCCUUCACGAGACUGGGCUGGCCAUGAUCUAUGGGCUCAUUGUCGGAGUGAUCCUGAGGUAUGGCACCCCUGCUACUAGUGGUCAUGACAAGUCACUCAGCUGUACUCAGGAAGAUAGAGCCUUUAGCACCUUAUUGGUGAAUGUUAGUGGGAAGUUCUUUGAAUACACGCUGAAAGGAGAAAUCAGCCCUGGCAAGAUCAACAGUGUGGAGCAGAAUGACAUGCUGCGCAAGGUCACAUUUGAUCCAGAGGUGUUUUUCAACAUUCUGCUGCCUCCGAUUAUUUUCCAUGCUGGAUACAGUUUAAAGAAGAGACACUUUUUCAGAAAUCUUGGAUCAAUUCUGGCCUAUGCUUUCUUGGGAACUGCUGUUUCCUGCUUCAUUAUUGGAAAUCUUAUGUAUGGGGUGGUGAAACUCAUGAAGAUUGUGGGCCAGCUGUCUGAUAAAUUUUACUACACGGAUUGCCUCUUUUUUGGAGCAAUUAUCUCUGCCACUGACCCAGUGACGGUACUUGCAAUCUUUAAUGAACUGCACGCAGAUGUGGACCUUUAUGCUCUUCUGUUUGGAGAGAGUGUCUUGAACGAUGCUGUUGCCAUUGUACUAUCCUCGUCUAUUGUUGCCUAUCAACCAGCAGGACUAAACACUCAUGCUUUUGAUGCUGCUGCCUUUUUUAAGUCAGUUGGCAUUUUUCUAGGUAUAUUUAGUGGCUCUUUUACCAUGGGAGCUGUAACUGGUGUUGUGACGGCUCUAGUGACCAAGUUUACUAAGCUGCACUGCUUCCCCCUGCUGGAGACAGCGCUUUUUUUCUUGAUGUCCUGGAGCACGUUUCUCUUGGCUGAAGCAUGUGGGUUUACAGGUGUUGUGGCUGUCCUUUUCUGUGGGAUUACACAAGCUCAUUACACAUAUAACAAUCUGUCAGUAGAAUCAAGAAGUCGAAGCAAGCAGCUUUUUGAGGUGUUACACUUCCUGGCAGAAAACUUCAUCUUCUCCUACAUGGGCCUGGCACUGUUCACCUUCCAGAAGCACGUUUUCAGCCCCAUUUUCAUCAUUGGCGCUUUUGUUGCCAUCUUUCUGGGAAGAGCUGCACAUAUCUACCCACUCUCCUUCUUCCUCAACUUGGGCAGAAGGCAUAAGAUUGGCUGGAAUUUUCAACACAUGAUGAUGUUUUCAGGCCUGAGGGGAGCGAUGGCGUUUGCACUGGCUAUCCGUGACACUGCAUCUUAUGCCCGCCAGAUGAUGUUCACAACCACUCUGCUCAUUGUCUUCUUCACUGUCUGGGUCAUCGGUGGAGGCACGACGCCCAUGUUGUCCUGGCUCAAUAUAAGAGUUGGUGUUGACCCAGAUCAAGACCCGCCACCUAACAACGACAGCUUUCAAGUCUUACAAGGGGAUGGCCUGGAUUCUGUCGGAGGAAGCCGGACAAAGCAGGAGAGUGCGUGGAUAUUCAGGCUGUGGUACAGCUUUGAUCAUAAUUACCUGAAGCCCAUUCUCACUCAUAGUGGUCCCCCGCUAACCACCACUCUCCCAGCCUGGUGUGGCUUGCUGGCUCGGUGUCUGACCAGUCCCCAAGUCUAUGAUAACCAAGAGCCACUGAGAGAAGAUGACUCUGAUUUCAUCUUGACAGAAGGUGACCUCACCUUGACCUACGGAGAUAGCACUGUGACUGCGAAUGGUUCGUCAAGCUCCUACACAGCUUCCACAAGUCUCGAGGGUGGCCGGAGAACAAAGAGCAGUUCUGAGGAAGUGCUUGAGCGAGACCUGGGAACAGGAGACCAGAAGGUUUCCAACCGGGGAACCCCCCUUGUGUUUCCACUGCAGGAAAAUGCAUGACUUCCUUCUUAAAUCCUGAAGGAUCGGGGAGGCUCUCAUG